AUGAACGCUGCGGCCAGCAGCUACCCCAUGGCCUCCCUGUACGUGGGUGACCUGCACUCGGACGUCACCGAGGCCAUGCUGUAUGAAAAGUUCAGCCCUGCGGGGCCUGUGCUGUCCAUCCGGGUGUGCCGGGAUAUGAUCACCCGCCGCUCCCUGGGCUAUGCCUACGUCAACUUCCAGCAGCCGGCCGACGCUGAGCGGGCCUUGGAUACUAUGAACUUUGAUGUGAUUAAGGGAAAGCCAAUCCGCAUCAUGUGGUCUCAGAGGGAUCCCUCUUUGAGAAAAUCUGGUGUGGGAAACGUCUUCAUCAAGAACUUGGACAAAUCUAUAGAUAACAAGGCACUUUAUGAUACUUUUUCUGCGUUUGGAAACAUUCUGUCCUGCAAGGUGGUGUGUGACGAGAACGGCUCUAAGGGUUAUGCCUUCGUUCACUUCGAGACCCAAGAGGCUGCAGACAAGGCCAUCGAGAAGAUGAACGGCAUGCUCCUCAAUGACCGCAAAGUGUUUGUGGGCAGAUUCAAGUCUCGGAAAGAGCGGGAAGCCGAGCUUGGGGCCAAAGCCAAGGAAUUCACUAAUGUGUAUAUCAAAAACUUUGGGGAAGAGGUGGAUGAUGAGAGUCUGAAAGAGCUGUUCAGCCAGUUUGGUAAGACCUUAAGUGUCAAGGUGAUGAGAGAUCCCACUGGGAAAUCCAAAGGCUUUGGCUUUGUGAGUUACGAAAAACACGAGGAUGCCAAUAAGGCUGUGGAAGAGAUGAAUGGAAAAGAAAUCAGUGGGAAAGUCAUUUUUGUAGGCCGUGCACAGAAGAAAGUGGAACGGCAGGCCGAGUUAAAACGGAAAUUUGAACAGCUCAAACAGGAGAGAAUUAGUCGAUACCAGGGGGUGAACCUCUACAUUAAGAACUUGGAUGACACUAUUGAUGAUGAGAAGUUAAGGAAAGAAUUUUCUCCUUUCGGAUCCAUCACCAGUGCUAAGGUAAUGCUGGAAGAUGGGAGAAGCAAAGGGUUUGGCUUUGUCUGCUUCUCAUCUCCUGAAGAGGCUACCAAAGCAGUCACUGAGAUGAAUGGACGCAUCGUGGGCUCCAAGCCACUGUAUGUCGCCCUGGCCCAGAGGAAGGAAGAGCGAAAGGCUCACCUGACCAACCAGUAUAUGCAGCGGGUGGCUGGAAUGAGAGCACUCCCUGCCAAUGCCAUCUUAAAUCAGUUCCAGCCUGCAGCUGGUGGCUACUUUGUGCCAGCAGUUCCACAGGCUCAGGGAAGGCCUCCCUAUUAUACACCUAACCAGUUAGCACAAAUGAGACCUAAUCCACGCUGGCAGCAAGGUGGGAGACCUCAAGGCUUCCAAGGAAUGCCAAGUGCUAUACGCCAGUCUGGGCCUCGUCCAACUCUUCGCCAUCUGGCUCCAACUGGUAAUGCUCCGGCCUCUCGUGGCCUCCCUACUACUGCUCAGAGAGUCGGGUCUGAGUGCCCGGACCGCUUGGCUAUGGACUUUGGUGGGGCUGGUGCCGCCCAGCAAGGGCUGACUGACAGCUGCCAGUCUGGAGGUGUUCCCACAGCUGUGCAGAACUUAGCACCUCGUGCUGCUGUGGCUACUGCUGCUCCUCGGGCUGUUGCACCUUACAAGUAUGCCUCCAGUGUCCGCAGCCCUCACCCUGCCAUACCACCUCUGCAGGCACCCCAGCCUGCGGUCCAUGUGCAGGGGCAGGAGCCCCUGACCGCCUCCAUGCUGGCCGCAGCACCCCCCCAGGAACAGAAGCAGAUGCUGGGCGAACGUUUGUUCCCUCUCAUCCAAACCAUGCAUUCGAACCUGGCUGGAAAGAUUACGGGAAUGCUUCUAGAGAUCGACAACUCUGAGCUGCUGCACAUGCUGGAGUCCCCCGAGUCUCUCCGCUCCAAGGUGGAUGAAGCUGUGGCAGUUCUACAGGCUCAUCAUGCCAAGAAAGAAGCUGCCCAGAAGGUGGGCACUGUUGCUGCUGCUACCUCUUAG